GGUAACCGCCGCCGCUGCCGCCGCCGCCCGUUGCGUGCGAGGAGCGCGGCAGACGCGGGCUCGGGCUUUGUGCGUGCCCGCCUGAUCGUCCGGCGAGCACACGUGACAGAGACAGAGCGAGCGCUCCCUUCCCUUCAGUCACGCCUCGAAAGCACCGGCAAGCGAACGCGGCGAUUGCUCGAACGCAGGCAAGCACCCGGCACCGGCCGCCGGACCCCAGUCUUUCUUCCCUCGUGCACACACCGCGUGGCCCGACAUCUUCUCCCUUUUGCGCUCCGCCGAAUAAAACUCAACACGCUUAGUUCCAAGUUACCUCUGACUCGCUUUCUCCAAUCCCCAGUUCAUCCACCGUUACCUGGUCCUAGUCUCCAGCGCCUUCCUAGGUUUUACCCUCGAGCUGCACCCUGCAACCCCAACCCAUCCUGUCAACCAAAUUUUGAAUCACUCACUACCUCGUGGUCUGUAUUUCCUAGGGCAAUAUAACCCCUAGGUAUCACCCAAUUUUUGUAACUUUACCAGUAAGUUACCCGUCACUCUUAAGCAGCUCCCCUCUUCGAACGAAACCCCGGGUUUCACUCGAACAUUCCAUUUUUUUGUUAGCGCAAUGUCACUCUCGCGAUCUCCUACCAGCCGAGUUUAGAAGCGAACAACCGACGUUCCGUACCCGUCAGCGGAUCGAAGUAUCGAAGCUCGGGGAUUGCUCGACCGGCAUUCCAUGAGCUCUCGCGCGACGCUGCCUCUCGCAAGAAACGAUCCGAGUUUUGGCCGCUAGUCGGCGCGGUCGAGAUGGAGCCGAGCAUGGAGUGGUCGAUGAUGGACACGCUGGAGCUGAUCGACCGGUACCGGGAGCAUGAGGUGCUCUGGGACACGAACCACGUCAACUACAAGCUGGCUCCGGAGCGGGAAGCGGCCUGGAACGAGCUGGCCGCGCUCUUCAGGACGACGCCGUUCCAGGUGAAGCGGAAGAUCAAGUCGCUGCUGGCCUCUUACCGCCGCGAGAGGGUCAAGCUCCACAAGCUCGGCGCCAAGGCGGAGGACUCCAAGUGGUUCGCCUUCGAGAGGCUCGGCUUCAUGAGGGACAUCUACACCCCCCGCAAAGCGCACGUUGAGAAUGGAGGAGAGAAAGGCGAUGUAGACUUGAUGGCGGAGCUGUUGGACGUCUCGUUGCGCGAAGGAGCCGCCUACCUGGAAGACGGGACAGAGUCCGACGACCGCUCCUGUCCGGGCGUAGAAUCGGGAGUCGAUUUCGAAGCCGCCGCUUCCAACGUCAACGGCAACCCCACCGUCAACGGGAGCCACCCGGUGAGCUUCCCGCGGAAGCGGAAGAAAGCGGAGGAGCCGCAGCCACUCUUCGAGCGCUUCAACCCCUACAUCUGGGACCACUACCCGCGGAGGGACGAGUUCGCCGUCUACGGCGAGCACAUCGCCAACGAGCUCCGACACCUGGACAGGCACACUCUCUGCAAAGUCAAGCACCUGAUCAACAACAUCAUCUACGAGGCCCAGAUGGUCUGCCCGGACGUGGACUCCACCGAGCCUGCCGCCAAGCGACCCCGCGAUGCCUCCUGGUACCGCUACCCCGACUCGGGGAUCGCCUCGCCGUCGUCCACCAACCCCUCGGGCGUCCGGCUCAGGCGGGAAACCACCGACGAUAGUGAACUCGAUGAGGACGCUUUGUCCGUUGGUAGGGUUGAAUUCAGGGAGAAGUCGUAAGGUCACCCUCCUCAGCUCAUGAAAGAAACUAUGGAUGGUUUGAGCAGCGACCAUGAACAGUAUCUAAUUUUCACAGUAAUGGAUUUCAUGCACAAUUUUUCGAUCCUAAAAUCCUGAAAAUAGUUUCUCAUUGCGUGUUUGUAUUUUUUGACAAGGAGCACGAAUUCAUUUUCUAAACUUAAGAGCAAUGCUCAUUUUAUUUUUGGUCUUUCCAUGCGACGUCAACCUCCUAUACGCGUUUUAUACCUCAGGCGUUAGCAAUUUUUCCUAGUCUUUUUCUCUGAUGAAUAAUGCUCGUCUAAUGUGAUGAUACUCGCCUCAGUAAGAAAUACGGGAUCAUAUUUUCACUUACUUUUAUUCUCAUUAGUUGUUAAUGCUUGUAUGUUUUUUUUUGUACUUUUUCGUUUGUAUAUCUUUAGAGAUUGAAAAACCUCUUUUGAAUUCUCAGACGUUACGUGAAACGUAGCGCACGGGUACUUUUCCAUGCGCGAUAUUAAUGUAUCUUACUUUUUUGAGGAUACUUCAUGCCUUUUCUUCUUAGACUGUUAAAGAUAUAAAGUGUAUAAACAGCUCUAAGCACAUAAUUGUGCUCAAGAGAAAACAAGAACACCAUAAUUUCACACACAUUGCGCACUACAACACCACGUAGUUUAUACCUAGGGGGCGCAAGUGAUCUGUAACGCACCCCUUCAGUUUUAUUUAUUACCCCACUGAAAUGCACAUGAAAUGCACUCUCGCACCCCUUCCAUGGGUUCAGUAAAAUUUCUUAGAACCUCCCCCCCCCUUUCCCUAGGAUUAUCGACGAAAA